AAGAGAAACUGGUGGCGGCAAAGGCGGCGUACGAGCUGCUUGCGAAGUUCUUGGCAGCGAUUCGGCGCAACCAAGGCGAGAAGGUGUACGACAACCACAAGAUCGAAACCAAGGGUCAGGUUGCCAUCGUCAUGGGGAACUACCACCUCACCUGCGCAACUUACCGAACGAAGUCCAAAGCCGAGUGUCACUUCCAGUGCCGCCGUUGCGACGAUGGCAACUCUAACAUCUUGUACGUCGUUGAGUACCACGGCUGCGACGACGGCAACGUGCGCAUCUUCUUGUACUUUCGUUCCGCGCAGUUCGUGCUCACGCGGAAGGAGUCCGAGAAUUCACAGCAGGAGAACCUGAAGGCGGAGCACGAGCUGCGCGCGAAGCUCAUGGACGAGGUGCUGGGGGACGCACUCAAGGAUGACGUUGCCAACGUCGCUGGAGCGGAGCAGUACCGUGAGAGGAGGCACUGUGACGAGCCCUUCGCCGAGACUAUGCGCUGCAGAGUGGAACAGUACCAUGGGAGCCACUACGACGAGCCCUACGUCGACAUCGUGCGCUACGGAGUGGAGUUGUCCCGCAGGAGGCACUACGACGAGCCCUUCGCCGACGUCGUGCGCCGCGGAGCGGGGCAGUACCACGUGAGGCACUACGACGAGACCUUCGCCGACAUCAUGCGCUACGGGGCGGGGCCAA